CCCCGGGCGCCAGCCGGCGCGUGCGCAGUGGGUCGCGCAGCCGCCAUGCCGGAGCCGCGCGGGUCGUCUCCCCUGCGGGUGAACGCGGCGUUUGCCGCGCGGUACAGCCGCUACCGGGAGCGCGAGGAGCUGCAGCGGCUGAAGGAUCGCUACCGGGACCGCGACGGCGAGGACUCCAGCUCCGAGUCGGACUCGAGCGACGAGCGCGUGGAAUUUGACCCCCAGCAGGAGCGAGACUUUUACAGGACACUCUCCUUGUUGAAGAAGAAGGACCCCCGGAUUUACCAGGAAGAUGCCACCUUCUACCAGAGGACAGCAACGUCCUCGGAAAGCGAGGAGGAGCUGGCAGCUGAGAAGCAAAAGAAGAUGCGGCCCAUGUACCUGAAGGACUAUGAGAGGAAGGUUAUCUUGGAGAAAGAAGGCAAAUAUGUUGACGAGGAGAAUUCAGACGGGGAGACCUCCGAUCAGAGACUCCAGCAGGUCUCGUCAAAAAGUUACGUGGAAGAACAGAAACAGCUCAAGGAAAGCUUCCGAGCAUUUGUGGAGGACAGUGAAGAUGAGGAUAGCGCCGGGGAAGGUGGCUCUGGGUUGCUGCAGAAACGCGCUAAAACCAAGGAGGAGAAGGCCCAGGAAGAUGCUGACUACAUUGAAUGGCUGAAGGGGCAGAGGGAGAUUCAGAACCCUGAGGCCCUGAGAGAACUGACUCACCUCAAGGAAUAUUGGAAUAACCCAGAGCUGGACGAAGGGGAGCAGUUCCUGCGGGAUUAUAUCCUCAACAAACGUUAUGAGGAAGAGGGAGAUGAGGAGGAGGAGGAGGAAGAGGAGGAAGGGGUCCCAGGCCCCCCGGUCCAGCUCUCCAUAGACGACUCCUCUGACGAGGGGGAGCUGUUUCUGAAGAAGCAGGAGGACUUCGAGCACAAGUAUAAUUUCCGCUUUGAGGAGCCCGACUCGGCCGUGGUCAAGACCUACCCUCGGAGCAUUGCGUCCUCUGUGCGCCGCAAGGACGAGCAAAGGAAGGAGAAAAGGGAGGAGAUUAGGGAGCGGAAGAGGAGGGAGAAAGCGAAAAAGCAGGAAGAACUCAAGCAGCUGAAGAACCUGAAGAGGAAGGAGAUUCUGGCCAAGCUGGAGAAGCUGCGGCAGGUCACGGGCAACGAGACAGUGGGCUUUGAGGAACGGGACCUCGAGGACGACUUCGACCCCACCCGGCAUGACCAGCUCAUGCAGAAAUGCUUCGGGGACGAGUACUACGGCACAAUGGAGGAGGAGAAGCCACAAUUUGAGGAAGAGGAAGGGUUCGAAGAUCACUGGAACUGGGACACGUGGACUGGGCUGGAGCAGGGUGGAGAUUGGAGCCAGCAGGAGCUGCACUGCGAGGACCCAGACUUCAAUAUGGAUGCUGACUACGACCCCAGCCAGCCGCAGAAGAAGCAGCGUGAGGCCCCCUUAACGGGCAAGAAGAAGCGCAAGUCACCCUUUGCUGCAGCUGUGGGGCAGGAGAAACCUGUGUUCAACCCCAGGGACAAGACCUUUGAGGAGUACCUGGACGAGUAUUACCGGUUGGACUAUGAGGACAUCAUCGACGACCUACCCUGUCGCUUCAAGUACCGCACUGUCGUGCCCUGUGACUUCGGGCUCAGCACAGAAGAGAUCCUUGCUGCUGACGACAAGGAGCUGAACCGGUGGUGCUCCCUGAAGAAGACCUGCAUGUAUAGGUCGGAGCAGGAGGAGCUGCAGGACAAGAAGGCGUACAGCCAGAAGGCCCAGAACUCAUGGAAAAAGAGGCAGAUCUUCAAAUCGCUCUGCUCAGAGGAGAAAGAGACACCCACGGAAGCCACAGGGAAGCCACAGGGAGACAAAGCCGGCCCACAGGGGCAGCUGCUGGCAUCUGAUGGGGCCUGCAGGAAGCAGCCUCAGCCUGAGAGCCCCCCAGCACAGAAAGAGGCCGCCCCCGUGUCACCCACAGAGAAGCCAGCCCCCCAGAGGCGGAGGAGGGGCAAGAAGGCUCGACUCCUGGGCCCCACAGUGACGCUUGGAGGACAGGAGUUCAGCCGCCAGAGACUGCAGGCCUUUGGCCUCAAUCCAAAAAGGCUGCACUUCCGCCUGCUGGCCCGGAAAAGGAGGAAGCAGCAGGGGCCCAAGAGCUGCCCCUGAGCUUGAUGGAGAAGACAAGGGCCCUCAGAUUCUCUCCCUUCAAGCAGGCCCCUGAAUGCAUCCCCUCUUGUUGACUGUACAGACCCACGUGUCUCCCUGUGGGCAAGGGAGAAGUCCCGUCUUACAGAUGUGGAAGCUGAGUCUACUCCAGCUCCCCAGGAGACGUGGACAUGUCUCCUCUUGAUACACACCCUGGUCCCAUCUCUCAAAUGCUCCGUCUGGCCAUAGCUGAGGUCAAAUCCGACGGCUUUAUUGGCCCCAGGCAGCCAGUUCCCGCACUGCCACCAGCCCUUAGCAGGACAGGAGCUUAGAGGCCAGUGAGGGCACCAGCAGUCCAGUGCAAACUACAGUACUUGAGUCAGGCCCUGAGUGGGUGCCUGGGAGUCCAUCUGCCAUCCCUCCCUCCUCGCCCUGUGAGGGCCCAAGUGGCAGGAGGCAGGCCUUUGGGCUCCGUCCCUGGCUUAAUGGCUCCAGCCUGGAGGUUUCCUGGGCUGGUCUCAGCUGCGCUUAAGGGGGUGAGAAGUGGGAAGUACCAUCACCACCAGAGGUCAAGCUCCCACAUCCAGUGUGACAUAAAUAAAAAAAUAAAUAGUGUUUGUCCUA